UACCUCCCUUCUGUUUAAAACAGCCAACAUGGCAGCCAGUGUACUCCCUACCACUCAGCAGAGAUACGUGAACGGUGUUCCGCUGUCCACUGCUCGUAAAACGCUCAGAAUGAAGGAGAAGUACGUUAUUUUGUUGGUGUUUGUCACAUUUGGAUCUGUAUGUUUUGGAGCAAUUUUCUUCCUACCCGAUCUGAGGGAACGAGUAAAUGUGAGUGAGAUGAGAAAACACAUGCAGAAUGUAGAUACAAUGAUAUUCCCGAAGCCGGGAGAAGGUGGUGGUGACUUGUCACCAGGGAAAGGAAAGAUUCUUCGUCACGAUAAUAAUGGUGUAGAUGCUCAUAAAAUAGACGACAAAGAGCGAUUACGUAAACAAAUGGAAAUACAAUGGCAACAGGAAAAGAUGGCAGAGGCAGUAGCUAAGAGACUGAACAUGUCAAAGGAUGAUACUAAAAAAGUACAGGGGGAGAUUCUGGGAGAGAAGGAAAGAAUUCUACAGAAAAAGAAGGAGAUAGAGGAGCAGCAGAAGGAGGAAGAAAUAGAAAAGCUGAAGGAGGUUCAGAAGGACCAUGAAGGAGGCUUGGGUGCUCAGGGUGGAGAACCCAAAGAUGCUCAAGCAGCUGAGAGGAGAGAAGAAAUCCGACAGAUGAUGCUCCAUGCUUGGAACAACUAUGAAAAACAUUCUUGGGGUGCUAAUGAACUCCGUCCCAUUUCCAAGAGAGGACACAGUGCCAGUAUCUUCGGAACGCUGAGUCUCGGAGCGACAAUUGUAGAUGCUGCUGAUACCUUAUAUAUUAUGGGACUGGAGGAAGAGUACAAGAAGGCCAGGGACUGGAUUGCUACCUCUCUGUCAUUUGAAGGGGCCUCCGAGCUGUCGGUGUUCGAGACCAACAUUAGAUUUGUGGGUGGACUGUUGUCACUGUACGGAUUGACUGGGGACCAGGUCUACAAGACUAAAGCUAAAAAUGUCGCUGAUAAGCUUUUACCAGCCUUUAAAACUGCAACAGGAAUUCCACAGUCUAUGGUCAACACAAAAACUGGAAGCAGUCGUAACUGGGGCUGGGCAUCAGGAGGCUGUUCCAUCCUUGCAGAGUUUGGAUCCUUCCAUCUAGAGUUUGCCUAUUUAUCUGAAAUAACUGGAGAUAAGGUUUACCUUGAAAAGGUGAUGAAGAUUCGUGAGACAUUGAAUUCCUUAGAAAAACCAAAUGGUCUCUAUCCAAACUACCUGAACCCCCGGACAGGCCGCUGGGGUCAGCAGCACACUUCCAUUGGGGCCCUUGGGGACAGUUUCUAUGAGUACCUGCUAAAAUCAUGGUUUCUAUCCGGAAAGAAGGAUACCCAGGCACGUGAGAUGUAUGAUGCAGCAGUCAAGGCUAUUGAUGAGAAACUGGUGAAGACGUCCCCUGGUGGUCUGCGCUAUGUGGCAGAGUUCAAAUCUGGCAGAAUAGAAAACAAGAUGGAUCACUUGGCCUGCUUCAGUGGAGGGAUGUUUGCCUUGGGAGCUGAAGGAUCGGACAACAAGGAGAAAUAUCUGAAGCUUGGAGCUGACAUAACCAACACAUGUCACGAAUCAUAUGACCGCUCCGCCACAAAAUUGGGUCCUGAGGCUUUCCGGUUUGAUGGUAACACCGAAGCCAAAUCUAUCCGCCAGAAUGAAAAGUACUACAUCCUACGUCCAGAAGUGAUAGAGGGUUACUUUUACUUGUGGAGGACCACCAAGGAUCAGAAAUACAGAGACUGGGCCUGGGAGGCUGCUCAGGCUUUAAAUAAGCACUGUCGAGUGGAAGGUGGAUUCUCUGGCCUCCGUGACGUGUACCAGGAAAAGCCAUCUUUGGAUGAUGUGCAGCAAAGCUUCUUCUUGGCAGAGACAUUGAAAUAUCUGUAUCUAAUAUUCUCCGACGACGACCUGAUACCUCUUGACAAAUGGGUGUUCAACACAGAGGCCCACCCCUUCCCUGUUAAGGCUGAGUAGUGGCAAAUAGGAGUACAAAUGUGAUAUAUAAUACAGUAGUACAGGUGUGAUAUAUAAUAUACCUGUACAGGUGUGAUAUAUAA